CCCGCGGUCGCGCAGGCGCAGAGCGGGGCCGGAGGGGGCGGCCGGGCGCGUUCUGUUGGCAGCAGCCGGUGCCUGUCAGCGGCGGCGGGUGGCGGUGCCCGGUGCCUACGGCGAGCGGAGCCCCCGGCCUGGCCCGACCCGGCCCGAUUCGCGGCCCCGACGUGCGGAGCGCCGCGCUCUCGCCUGCCGGUGUCUCCCCUCCGCACCCCGGGGCUGCGGAGGCAGCAGCGCCCCCAUCCCGGCCCGGCCCCCUCCUCCCGCCGCCCCCCUCGCCCCUGCUGGGCCGCGGAGCUGCGAUGCCCUCGGACUUCAUCUCUCUGCUCAGCGCCGACCUCGACCUCGAGUCCCCCAAGUCCCUCUACUCCAAGGAAUCUGUCUAUGACCUUCUCCCGAAGGAGCUGCAGUUACCACCUUCCAGAGAAACUUCUGUAGCAUCCAUGAGCCAGACGAGCGGUGGCGAGGCCGGUUCGCCGCCUCCUGCUGUAGUUGCUGCUGAUGCUUCUUCAGCUCCUUCCUCUUCCUCCAUGGGCGGUGCUUGCAGCUCCUUUCCCGCCUCUUCCAGCGCCGCCGUUUGCUCUACCUCAGUCACCGACAGCAAGGCUAUGCAAGUGGAGAGCUGCUCCUCAGCCGUGGGGGUAAGUACCCGAGGGGUAAGUGACCCGCAGUUCACCAGUCACACGGCCCCGCCGCCCGCGCCGAAGAGACACACAGUCCUGUACAUCUCGCCGCCACCCGAGGACCUGCUGGACAACAGUCGGAUGUCCUGCCAGGAUGAGGGCUGUGCGCUGGAGUCCGAGCAGAGCUGCAGUAUGUGGAUGGAGGAUUCACCCUCCAACUUCAGUAACAUGAGCACCAGUUCCUACAAUGAUAACACUGAGGUGCCACGUAAAUCACGCAAACGAAACCCAAAGCAGAGGCCAGGGAUCAAACGCCGAGAUUGCGAAGAGUCCAACAUGGAUAUAUUUGAUGCCGACAGUGCCAAAGCGCCUCACUAUGUCCUUUCUCAGCUCAGCACGGACAGCAAAGGCAACUCUAAAGCAGGAAAUGGAGCAUCGGAGACCCCGAAGGGCGCUGGGGGGAAGAAGACGCCCAUGUUGUGUGGUCAGUACCCGACCAAGAGCGAGGGGAAGGAGCUGAAGAUCGUGGUGCAGCCGGAGACCCAGCACCGGGCUCGGUACCUGACAGAGGGCAGCCGGGGCUCGGUGAAGGACCGCACGCAGCAGGGCUUCCCCACCGUGAAGCUGGAAGGUCACAACGAGCCGGUGGUGCUGCAGGUGUUCGUGGGGAACGACUCUGGUCGGGUGAAGCCACACGGGUUCUACCAGGCCUGCAGGGUCACCGGGAGAAACACUACUCCCUGUAAAGAGGUGGAUAUAGAGGGAACGACUGUUAUUGAGGUUGGACUGGACCCAAGCAACAAUAUGACACUUGCGGUUGAUUGCGUGGGAAUACUGAAGCUGAGAAAUGCAGAUGUUGAAGCCAGGAUAGGGAUUGCUGGUUCCAAGAAAAAAAGCACACGUGCUAGGCUGGUGUUUCGUGUUAACAUCACUCGCAAAGAUGGUUCAACUUUGACUCUUCAGACACCUUCUUCCCCAAUCUUGUGCACUCAGCCCGCAGGAGUUCCAGAGAUCCUAAAGAAAAGUCUGCACAGUUGUUCCGUGAAGGGCGAAGAGGAAGUUUUUCUGAUUGGCAAGAACUUUCUAAAGGGAACAAAAGUGAUUUUCCAAGAGAACGUUUCUGAUGAGAAUUCAUGGAAGGCAGAAGCUGAAAUAGACAUGGAAUUAUUUCAUCAGAAUCACCUUAUUGUGAAGGUGCCACCAUAUCACGACCAGCAAAUAACCUCAGCUGUUUCUGUGGGAAUAUACGUGGUGACCAACGCUGGCAGAUCACACGAUGUGCAGCCAUUUACCUACACUCCAGAUACAUCUGGUACUCUGAAAGUUAAUGUGAAGAAGGAAAUCUCCAGCCCAGCCCAACAUUGUUCUUUUGAAGAGGCUAUAAAAGCAGUGAAAGCCACCAGCUGUAACCUGGAGAAGGUGAACAUGCUUCCUAGUGCCUUGAUAACUCCGCUUAUGCCAAGCAGUAUGAUUAAGAAUGAAGAUGUGUCUCCAAUGGAAGUAAGUGCAGAAAAAAGGUCUCCCCCUGUCUUCAAGGCUUCAAAUGUGGUUGGACCAACUCAGCAAACAUUGGAAAACAGUAUGUCCGGCAUAUCAACUUCUGCUUCCCAUUUACCUUCUGAAAAUGAAAACCAGCAACAAAUCCAGCCGAAGGUGUAUAAUACAGAGACACUAACUACUAUCCAAACACAGGAUAUUUCCCAGCCUGGUAACUUUUCCACAGUCUCUACUUCGGGUCAGCUGCAGAACAGCGAUGCAUUAUUGCAGCAAGCUGCACAGUUCCAACCGAGAGAUUCCCAGACCAGGGAAGUCUUGCAAUCAGAUGGCACAGUGGUCACUUUGUCACAAUUAACUGAUGCAUCACAACAACAACAGUCUUCACUCUCGGAACCAGCACAGACGUUGCAGCAACAGAUUUCAUCGAGUAUUUUCUCAUCGGCGAGCGGUGUGAGUCAGUUACAGAACACUAUCCAGCAGCUGCAGGCUGGAAAUUUCCCAACCAACACUGCCACCGGCAGCAACAGAAACGUUGACUUGGUGCAACAGGUACUGGAAGCUCAACAGCAGUUAUCUUCUGUUUUAUUUUCUGGUUCAGACAGCAGUGAGGAUGUUCAAGAUCAGCUAAAUGCAGAUAUCUUUCAACAAGUUAGCCAGAUACAAAAUAGUGUCAAUUCUGGGAUAUUUUCCUCAUCAGACACAGCUGUCCAUUCCAGACCAGAGAACCUUCUGCCUGGACGAGCUGAAAAUGUUCACUCUCAGCCUGAAAACGCAUUGUCCAACCAACAGCAACAACAACAGCAGCAGCAGCAACAGGCGAUGGAGACUUCUGCGGCAAUGGUGAUGGGAAUCCAACAGAACAUUUGCCAAGCUGCAACGCAGAUGCAGUCUGAUCUGUUCUCAUCAGCGACGUCAGGGAACGGAGCCCUCCAGCAGUCACCUGUUUACCAGCAGGCCUCUCACAUGAUGAGCGGGUUAUCCACAAGUGAAGACAUGCAGAUGCAGUGUGAGUUAUUCUCUUCAUCUCCCGGUGUGUCUGGAGGUGAGGCCGCCCCCGCUGCUCAGCCACAGGUCUCCAACAACGGACCUUCUAUGUUUCAGGCAUCAAAUUCUGCAGAUGGAGAAGAAGCUUCAGGUCAGAAUAAACAGAUGCAAAGUACAGUGUUUCAGACCAUGGUUCAAAUGCAGCACAGUGGAGAAAGUCAGUCUCAAGUUAACCUCUUUUCAUCUACCAAAAACAUGAUGACUGUUCAGGCAAGUGGAACCCAACAGCAAGGAGGUGGGCUGUUCCAGCAAGGCGGAGAAAUCAUGUCUAUUCAGUCGGGAAGCUUUAUGCAGCAGUCUCCACAUUCACAAGCUCAGCUUUUUCACUCUCAGAAUCCUAUUGGUGAUGCUCAAAAUAUAUCACAGGAAGCACAAGGCUCUAUUUUUCACAGUCCAAAUUCCAUUGUGCACAACCAGCCCAGUACCAAUUCCUCAGACCAGCUGCAGCCUCCAAUGUUCCACUCGCAGAACGCCAUGGGAGUGUUGCAGAGCUCCUCCGUUCCUCAAGACCAGCAGUCUGCCAACAUGUUCCUUUCCCAGAGUUCUAUGAGCAACCCUGCAACUCAGGACGAACAGAUGUCCUUCUUUACAAGCCCAAAUCCCAUUUCUCCUCUUCAGGCAGCAAACAACACUGAACAGCAGACUUCUUUCCAGCAGCAGCCGCAGAUAGCUCAUAUCCAGAGCUCCAUGCUUCCCCAGGACCAGCCCCAGCCCCAGCCUGCUCAGCAGGGUUUGUUUCAGUCCCAGGUGUCGCUGGGCUCCAUGCAGUCCAGCUCACUUCCCCAGAACCAGCAAGGAGCCAUCUUCCAGCCUCAGCAUUCGAUAGUUGCUAUUCAGAGCAGUCCUCCAUCCCAAGAGCAGCAGCAGCAGCAACAGCAGAACAUGAUGUUCAGUAACCAAAAUGCAAUGAGUACAAUUGCUUCUCAAAAACAGAACAUGAUUUUCAAUCCAAAUCAAAGCCCAGUUGCCAAUCAGGAGCAACAGGGCCAGUCCAUUUUUCAUCCACAGACUAACAUGGCACCAAUGAACCAGGAGCAGCAGCCCCUGCAAUUCCAGAGUCAAACACCAGUGUCUUCUCUUCAGAACCCGGGGUCCAGCCAGGCCGAAGCACAGCAGCCAGCCAUCUUCCAUAACUCACCCCAGAUUCAGCUGGUGCAAGGGUCACCGAGUUCCCAAGAGCAACAAGUCACCCUCUUCAUCUCCUCAGCUUCCAUGUCUGCCCUGCAGAGCGGCAUGAGCCAGCCGGAGCUGCAGCAGUCUCCCAUGUACUCUUCUCAAAACAGCAUGGCAGGAAUGCCGGGACCUGCUUCUCCUCCACAGCAACAAGCUGCUUUAUUUCACAGCACAGCAGGAGGAGCCAUCAACCAGCUGCAGAAUUCUCCUGCCUCAUCUCAGCAAACGUCAGGAAUAUUCCUCUUUGGCAUUCAAAACAACUGCGGGCAGCUGCUGCCGUCGGGGCCGGCGGCACUGCCGGAGGAGCUGAUGGCCAUGGGGCAGGCCGGGCAGGCGCAGAGCGAGGCACAGGCGGCCGUGCCCACGCUGCUCUCCCAGCAGAUCUCCGAGACCCCUCCGCUGCCCUCAGCCAUGGCAACCAACCAGAACAUGGAGAAAAUAGGAGAUCUGCUUGUGUCCUUGCAAAACCAGGGGAACAAUAUGGCUGGCUCGUUUUAAUUAGUCAAAAGUUCUUUGAAGAAAAAAGUGAUGAUUUCCCAGAUCCUCUCAGACCUUCCGACUCUGGAUUAGGCUUUGUGGAACCAAUUGCUUCUGUCAGAAAGCGGCCCUCUUCUCUAAAGAGCACACACGUGGCCAAGUGCAGCGUCUGGCACCUCGGGCUGUGCCCGCAGUAUUUGGGAUUUGUAGUGCCAAUAACACUGAAAAGCUAUGCUUGUGGGGUUGUACUGUUACCAGACUCCUAAACCGCAUUGACAGUGGGGUGCUCUUUUAAUUUAAAGCAUAUCUGGUCAGUUAUUAUUGAUGUUAGAAGGUAAUACGUGUUACCAUGUUUACUUUUUUUUUUUCCCCUCCUCUUCCUUCUUCACAUCCCUUCUUUUGACUAGAAAAGCUUGUGAAGCAGAAACAUCAAAUGCCUGUGACAUGAGCCGUGACUCGUAGCUGUCAGCAAGGGAAGGGACUGUGUGUUCUACAGUCGAGUGGGAGAGCUAAUACUGCAAUUUAUUAAUUACAGUAGAUGGCAGUGAAAAUAUUGAUAACUGUAAUAAAUAAGCAGAGAAUUGCGUAGAUAGCCAGAGGUGGGGGCUUCCCAUCGGAGAAUGUGACUAACGGUUUUCCACAUCUCUUACUGUACAUAGAGCGAGGGUUUGGUGGCUCCAACAGCAUGAAGAAAUGAAGGGGAACUUUCCCUGAAAUUUUGCUCUUAAAAUCUUACCUUCAGCUUGGAAGAACCGUUCUGCCUGGCUGAGGAAAGAAACGCAUGGCCCGUGUGGGUUAGAACCUGCUCGGGCUGCGUUAUCCCUUCUCAGACCUGCGUUCUCCCUUUCAUUCUUCUCAUAGUUUUCCGUUUCUCUCCCUCAGUUUCAUACUGUGUUUUUUAAAAAAAGACAUAAAUAUCCUACUGGCUUCAAACAUCAGGAGCAGCUUUUAGGAAUCCAUGGCAUUCAGUUGCUUAGUCAGUGGGAGCUUUGACAAACAAUCCAGGAUUAAGGAGAGAGGAGGCACUUUCCCCAGCACCUUGUGAAUGCAGAACUCCCCCUUAGCUGGGCAUUUUCCAGCUGUUACUGGUGGAAAUCUUCAGCUUGGCUUUACUCCAAGUAGGGGGCAAAUUACAUCAUUUUUAAGCAUUCUUGAAAAUGUCACUUCAUCCUGGGCUGUUGCGUCUUUGUAGCACAUUGAGCUCAUUGCACCUUUGAAGUGAUUUUUUUUUCCCUACCAACAGUCCCCCAAGUCCAGUUUGUCAUGUCUCAAUUGAAAAAAUGUUACAGAAUGUAAAACCAACCCACUCCAGACCACGCGGUUGUCUUGUGAGGCAUGUGCAUUUUCGGGGGGCUCCGACUCCGGGACAGCUGGUGAUUUCUCACCACAGCCUCGUCCCCGUUUGGGAGCUGUUGCUGCGGUUGGAGCGGAGCAGCUCGCGCCGGCGGCUGCCAUGCCUUGGUAGGGUGUAGGCGGUAUCAUGUCCUUCUUCAUUUUUGUUAUUUGAAAUAACAAAGAAUAGUCUGUAAAUGGUUUUUAAGUUACUCUAGUCUGUUUACUGUGUGUUUUUCCCUUUCCUUGUGUGCGUAGUUGAGCCGUGUAGAGUUUUUGUUUGUUUUAAUGGAUUUUCCUGUUUGUCCGUCUGUCAUAACGUUCACUUGCUCUUUCUGUCUCUCUUUCUCUCUCUCAUUGAGAGGCAUUGAAUUACGUUUUCAGUAGUAAGGCUUCUUGCCGAUAUGAAGGGAACUUUUCAGAAAGAGACCUGCUCUGGGUCAUUUAAUUUUGAAUACAGUUUUCAAUCGUUCAAGUUUUGGAUGGUUUAUAUCUAAUGUGUGUUUCAUUUUUUUGGAAAGCUAUAUUUUGUAUUUAGGAAAUGGUAUACUAUUUUGCUACUUGUACUGAGUGAGUACAUUGGCAUAAAUAUAAAAAUUUAUAUAUAUACAUAUAUAUAAAAUAUUCUUUUUGCCACACAUUUUUGUGGUAAAUUUGUGAGUUUGUCUGAUGUUCUACCACAACGUGGCGUCUGAUAACAGUGGGGUGGGGUGGGGUUUGUUAUGUCUUUAUUGAGUAUUUAAGUACUUUUUGCAACAUAAAUAACUUGUUCAUCUCUCGCCAUUCCAUCAGGCAGUUUAUCGUUCCAGCUACGAGAAGCUUCUCUGUGUGUUUUGGUGCGUCUGUCCCUCAGCAGUGUGAGCUAGGAAGGAAACCCGUAGGCGUUUAGGCACGUAGAAGAUAAUGGGGUUUCAUUCAGAAUGAGCCAUUCAGCUUUUAUCCACUAUCAUUGUCUAUUUAAUAUUUUAUUAUUAGCGCCUCUGUGUUUUAACUCUUAAUUUAUGAUUAUGCUAAAAUGUUUAAAAUUUUAAUCAUGAGAAAAAGAAUUUCCUGCUUCAUAAUGUCCAGAGCUGCUUUGUAACCCUGAACCAUAUUUUUUCUUUCUGUGAUUUUUUUUUUUUUUUUUUCCUCUUUUUCUUCUGCUAAGACAAAAUAUUAACGAAAUCCUGUUAUGGUUCAUGACAUGCAAACAGCAAUCUUGCAGCGUUGACUAAACGUUAGAUGAGGCUUUGUAGAAGACUCAGAAUUAUGGACCGAAACGACUUCCAGGGGGUCCUGGCAGUCGACAGCUGGUUACUCCAGAGCGAACUGGUGGCUUUUGCAGGAUGGCAGUCCCGGAACAAGCUGGCGGUGCCACCCGGGGCCCUCAUACACAGAAAUAGGAAUGAGAACUUGGCUGUGUGCUGCUCCUGUUGUGUUGUUCGAAGGGUUUAUCCUCACGUCGAGGUGCUGUCAGUGCCAAGUGACCAGGGACCAAUUCUCCAUUUAAUAAGGUGGGUGUCCAAGAGAGAACGUUACCCAAGACAGCUCCAGGGGAAGGGUAUGUUUGAACUGUCUGUGGAUUUUAGGUCGCUUAUGAAAAGAAGAGGAAUAAAAAAGUGUAAAAAAAAAAAAAAAAAAAAAAAAGAUAAUAAUAAAAAAAAAAAUAAAAAGGGCUGUACUAUCACAUUUUUCACUUCUGGAUGACACCUUGUGUUAAAUUUAUCUUGUUCAUUUUAGGUCAAUGUGUAAAUGUACAACACUUUGAACAUGUGAUUUGGUUACAAAAAGUAUUUGUCUUACGAAUGAAGAGCUUGCUCAGCGGUGGGUCAGUGCUGCUCGCAGACGGCUGCUGCGGGCGCAUGAACCCGUCACGGGCUCACGGCGGGCUGCAGGAUUCCAUGGCAGAAAGACCAACAGCAGCGUGAGCCACAUCUGGAUUUGAUCAGAGUCCUGAACAUGUCCUUUGGUGAUUUAAGUAGUUGAUAAUUGGAGCUUACUCUGCUUCUUUUGUUGUUUUAAUCCCCGCGGUUGCCCCUGCUCCGGAGCGCUUUGCUGCAGAGGAGCUGCCAUGUGGCAUCUGCUCCGCUCGGCUUGAGGAGGUCAGACUGAGGUAUCGGUGUCUCCACAUUUAACAUCAUUGUAAAGAGGGAGUUACUGUCAAAUCCACGAAGCAGCGGUUAACUAGAAGAAGAUACAGCUUGGUGAAAAAUGAGAAACGGCAGAGCUGCGUGUUUGGGAUGCGGUUUCUAAAGGUUGUUUUCUCCUGUGGCUGAAGCGCUCCCUCUUAAAAGAAUCGGUAGAUCUGAGUCUCCUUACCAAAGCCAAGCUGUGCCCCCAGCUGCGUGUGCUGGGCACGGCGGGUCCCACAACAGCCGGGUUGGAUCCAGGUUAAAUCCCCAGGCGUGGCUUUGGCGCACAUCUCUAGGGUGCUUACACCCUGCUAAUAUAUAUUAAAAAAGUCAUGUGAAUAACACCUAUGAGCUCUCAGCUGAACAUCUCCUCUGGCAGGAAGUGAUUGGAGCUUCGCGCUUAAUUAGCAAGUUCACAUGUUGUUAAUGGCCUCUUCACUGCUGAUCUUUCAACCAUUAUUCAAGUCAAAUACUUUGCUGUUACUUUAAUAGAAAAAUAUUUCAAGAAGUAGUUUCAGCUUUUCUGUUUCAAAGUGGGUAUUUAUUUAAACACCAACCUUUUAUUAUAAUUACCUUUAAUUACUGACAGGGUGGUUACUUCCUAUUUAGUUUUGAUGUAGACUAAAGUAUGAGCAGUUAAUUGUUUGUAACUUGGGCAGGUUUUUGUACUGGAAAUAUUCAGAGUCUGGGCAGCUCUAUCAGUGGACAUUCCCCUACCUUAGAGAAAUGGAAUUUUUUUAAAGUGGCUGUUGUGGUUUUGAUUUAGGAUGUAGAUUUAAAAAAGAAAACGUCUGAACAGAUUUUCUGCUCCAGAUUCCUCAGAACGCCAGAUGAAUCAGCAGCUUGCGUUCAUCUUAAAUGUAGUUUAAAUCACUGAGUCGUGGGAAAGGGCUAAGGCAGCCAGAGGUGGUUCCCCGAGGGUACGUGUGUGUGUGCACACACGUGUGACGGUUCGUUAAGGGUUAGAACAGGAUUUUGCUGUCGGGUUUUGGGUCUCGUGGCUCUGGGACCUGCGGGGUCUGUCCCGGGUUGAACGGGGCUGCUCCGCUCGGCCCGUGGGCAGGAACAUCCAGCACUGGUGGCUUCUCGUUAGCACAAAACUUCUUCAAGGAAGAAGUGCUUCUUAUGUUCGGAGGGCCUGGUGGCAGCUCCGUUAUUGUGGGAGCUAAAAGGAAACUGGUACUGAGUUGCUUUGUUUGUGGCUUUUGUGUUACUUUGGGGUUUUUCGGGAUAGAUUGUGAGCACUUUGUUCGUAUUCAGACCAAUUCUGCCAGUUGAAUGGGACAGGAGCCCCCUGGCCGGUCAGGUCUGCGCCGCCGCGGGCUGGGAACCCGGCGCAGGAUCCCUGCUGGAAACGGGGGAAUGUGCUUUGGAGAUGAGGAAACGCGGCAGCAGAUAAACUCCUGCACACGUGUCCUCGGAAUGGUCUCUGGUGGCUCUGGGCUCCGAGGGCUCACACGGGCAUUUUCUUUCUUACAGUCUGUAAAUAUGCAAUGCCUGUAUAUUCUAGGGUUAUAUAUGUAUAUAGAGGAUCAUAUAUCUAUUAUAUAUAAAUAACUAGUAGACACAUAUAAUACUGUUAUAUUUACAUUUUUAUAAACCUGAAACAAUAGAGCAUCUCCUUAGUAUGAGGUUAUUUACCGAGGUUUUGUAGUAAAGCAGUUGUAUGGACGCCGUUCAGUACUGUACGUGUGCCGCUGUUGGUAACAUUGCUCCAGAAACUUGCCCUGCUUGUGAACGUCACUAAUACCCGUGGGCUGAAAACAGAUUAACACUUUUGUAUUUUUAUAUCUUUUUUUAUGACGAUUGCCGGUGUGUUAGCAGAAGGGUAGAAGGGGCGGCCGUGGCAGUGGUGGGGUCGCUCUCUGCGCGUGUUAUUAAUCAGCAUAUUAAUCCGUUGUAUAAUCAGCAAAGGAUGCUGGCUGCUGCUCCGCUGGGUUGGUUUGGAUCGGGAAGGUGAAGCUUAACCUGUCGUUCCUCGUUCUCAUAAAGGCAGGCAUCCUGAUUUUUUUGUUUUUAGCUGACUUUGUACUGUAACAGUCACUGUCUAGGAAACCCUCCUUGAAAGCUGGUGCCAGCUCUCCUCGGUUUCCAGCCGUGAGGAGCCCUGCCCCGACUUGUACUGAUUCCUUACAGAUUGUCUGAGAAAUUAGACUCUACAAGAAUUCCAGUUCGUGGAUUUUGUCCACCAUGACUCUUCGUGCCAAGCCAGGCAUUAGGCAGUGACGGACCUGCUGUGGUGGGCCAGGCUGGGUCAGAGCCCUGUGCCGCAGCCCUGGCGGGUCUGAGCUCCGCGGAGCCGGAGCUGCCGUGGUUACUGCUGGUGAGCUGCUGCUGUUGCCCCACAGCGCUCAGGCGUGUGGGACGAGGGGUGUGAGGAUCCCCUGCUUGCGGUGGGACGUGCGCUGACACAGCGCUGGGUUCACACUUGAGCUGCGACACCCGGCACAGCCGCUGGAAAACGUCCCUGCGGGGUGGGGGGUUUGGAUUAGCGAAGGGUUCCGUGUUUGGGUCACAUCUGUGCAGACCUGGAACUGCCCCGUGGGGUGACGGGGACGCUCUGGCCCCGUGUCCCCGUGCAGGGGGGUCCCCGUGGGGAUGUGGCUAUCUCGGGGCUUUGAGAGGGACCCACGUGGCUGUCAGAGCUGGGAACAUGUCCCAUGGUUAGUCACCCACAGUAUUCCCAAAGCGUUUUUCAAAUUCUGGACACUAUUAGAUAUUUACAUUGAGCUCAUUCUUAAUGAGUAAGCUCCAAACACCAUCAGAGCAGAGCUUUCUACCUCUGUCAGUAGCUGCGUGUGCGAGCAGCUCGCCCGCCUUUCUGCCAUGUGCUGCCACGCGCCUGCUCCACCGCUGAGCUGCUCUUCACCGUCUGCCAUGUGGAAGUAGCACCAGAUAUUCCUUUGUGUGUUUCUGUGUAUACGGCUUUCGUAGUGGGGGGUUUCGAAGCACUGAUUCCCAGUGUUUUCAGUUUGUUCUAUGAGGGGAUAUUUCAUUUGCAUCUAUGUUUUUAGCUAUCCUGUGAUAACUUGUUGAAUAUUAAAAAAUAAAAAUAUUUUGCUUCUAUUGGGACAUUUGUAUACUCGCAACUAUAUUUCUGUAAACAGCCGCAGUCAAGAAUAAAACAAUGAAAGUUUUCAUUUUGCAGUGUAAA